AUGUGGAGGGCGGGCAUGGCGGCGGGCGACGGGCUGGGCCCCGCGCUGCGGGCCGUCACCGAGCGGGUGCAGCAGGCGGCGGCGCGGAGGCCGCAGGGGCUCCCGGCCGUGCAGCCGCGGCUGGUGGCCGUCAGCAAGACGAAGCCGGCAGAGAUGGUGAUCGACGCCUACAGCCACGGGCAGCGGAGCUUCGGGGAGAACUACGUCCAAGAGUUGCUAGAAAAGGCAUCAGACUCCAGAAUCCUGGCCUCCUGUCCAGACAUUAAGUGGCAUUUUAUCGGCCAUCUGCAGAAAAACAACGUCAACAAGUUGAUGGCUGUCCCCAACCUGUUCAUGUUGGAAACGGUGGAUUCUGUGAAGCUGGCAGACAGAGUCAACAGCUCGUGGCAGAAAAAAGGGUCGUCUCAGAAGCUGAAGGUCAUGGUGCAAGUUAAUACAAGUGGAGAGGACAGUAAGCACGGCCUCACCCCCGCGGACACGGCGGCUGCUGUGGAGCACGUCAUCAGCAAGUGCCCCAGCCUGGAGUUCGUGGGGCUCAUGACCAUCGGCAGCAUCGGGCACGACCUCAGCAAGGGGCCUAAUCCUGACUUCCAGAUGCUGCUGUCUUUGCGGCAGGAAGUGUGUGAAAAGCUCAGUCUCCCCGUUGAGAAGGUGGAGCUGAGCAUGGGCAUGUCCACAGACUUCCAGCAUGCAAUCGAGGUUGGAUCCACAAACGUCCGGAUUGGAAGCACUAUUUUUGGAGAGAGAGAUUAUUCCAACAAAGCAGUGGAUGGCAAAGCCCCUGCUGAAACUCCAGGCAAAACUGAGACCCUGGUGGUGCAGGGUCAUUAGAUGGGAGAGAAGAAAAUGGCCUCGACAGAGGAUGGGAGCCCUCACUAUGCAUUCGUCCCUCCCUGCGUGUCGGCGCCCCGUCCUGAUGGUGAGAGGGAAUUCCUCCAAGCAGAACAGAGGCCAGAAAUGCCUCACCAUUAGUGUGAUUAUAGAGUCCCCAUAUGCAACUGAGAACUUUUUAUAACCAACACAUGGUAAGGAAACGUGUGGCUGAAGGUGACCGUGGUGUCCUGGCUCCCUCGGGCCGCUGAGGAUGCUGACUUCUGCACAGCUGCUUGGAGCAUUUGUCAGGAUGGUGUUGCUAAUGAGCAGGACGUAUCUACAGCAGCAUCAGUGAUUCUCUUUUCCCUGGGGAAUAAAUCCUUCACUUGCCAGAGACCUAGAGGUGGUUCCCCAGAUAAGUUUUGCAGGUGGUGGCAGAGCCGUGCUGUGCUGCUGGAGAGGCUCCAGCCCUUGGGGUUGGGGCCACGGCUGCCAGCAGGAGCCCACGGUGGGACGUUCUGGAUGCACAUCACAAGUGUGGGACCAUCUUCUGGGAUGAAGUUGGUGUUUGUCCUUUUCCCUCUGGCACUUCAAGCUCUGCCCAUUCUCUGUGCAGAUCCCUGGGGAUCGACCUUCCCCUCCUGUGCUGCUGGGAGUUGUUCUCGCCCUGCACAGCAGUUCUUGAGACUGUAGGGUCUUGUUGGUCAGGAUGGGGCUUUCUGUGCCAGGUCCCUGCUCUGCCACCAGCUUACUGCUGCUUCCCAGGGCUCUGGGUGCCUCCAUCACCCCAUCUGUGUGAGCAUCACUGUGCUCAUGGCUCUCACCAGGCAGCACGGGGCUUUUUCCCUCGGGAAACAUAGGUCAGGAAGUCAAAUACAGUGUUGCACCAUGUUCUAGGUUCCUGAGAACAACCCCUCUCCCUGCUGAUAGAGCCUCUGGGCUGUGUGAGUAAAUCUCCAGCGUGGUUUAGCUGUUGCCUCUCCUGGAAGAGGGAAACUGGCCUCUGUCCCUGCAGCCGCUGUCCCGUUUGGAAGCUCCCGCGUUGCAUCAUCUGCCUCAGUGACAUUCUGGGGCUUUUCUGUGCUGCUGAGAGGGAGCAGAGCCCCAUUGCCAGCAGAAACACCCUUCCCAGGCUUUUCUGUGUGCGUGUGUGUGUGGUUAAAUCUCGCUGUUGGUUUUACUCUGGCUACAAACGCUGAAUGUAAGUGGAAAGAGACGAGUGCAGCUCCGGGCCGGUGUGGCUCAGGAGCGAGGUGCAGCCUGGGCCACCCUGCUGGGCACUGCUCCUUGUGCUGAUUCACAGUCCAUCAAUAAAACGUGGUGAGUUUUAAAUACCAUCUGUGCCAACUAUAAAGCUAUUAAAGAUGUUAUUUUUAUCUUCCA